CCAGCGUGCUUAUCUGGAGCUCGCAGCUUCUUUUAGGGCACAGACCGGAGGCUAGCGAGCAGGCCCUAUUCUCGACAUCGUGUUCUAACUUUUUACACAGACUUGAGUCCGUUCAGUAGCGCUAGUGAAGAGGGAACAGCUGAGUCGAUGAUGUGUGCCAGACCUGACUCUCCGGUUCCUACUCAAUUCUAAACUUACGCAUCCAUUACUUGAACCGGCGCGUUGAGUAAUGAAAACAAACAUUAGCCGUACUUUUAUAAUAUGCGAACGUGUUUCGAGAUUCGUUUUUGCAGUUUUUGAAUGUGAUAUUUAAGUAAACAGUGUACAAUGUGUUCAAUAGUGCCACUGACAAUUAUAACUUUAGGACUGUUAAAAUUAGUUUAUUUACAGGACGUUGAACAAACGCCUGCCACUGGAUGGGGUGGGACUAGGUGUUAUGAUAAAUUUAGGAAUGCGCAGAGAUGCAUCCCCGAAUUCGAGAAUGCAGCCUUCAACGUGUUAAUGGAAGCAACAAACACGUGCGGUGACCAUGGUCCUAUCGAAUUUUGUCGACAGACAGAAAUAAGUGAACUGAAAAAAUCCUGCCAAUUGUGCCGAUCAGACAGUCAUGAUUCGCGGUUUCUCACUGAUUUUCACAACCAGGAUGAACCGACGUGGUGGCAAUCGGAAACUAUGAUGGAAAAUAUACAGUAUCCCAAUCAAGUCAAUUUGACGCUGCAUUUAGAGAAAGCCUUCGAUAUUACUUACAUUCGGUUAUGGUUCUAUUCUCCAAGACCAGAAAGUUUUGCAAUUUACAAGCGUACCAGAGAAGAUGGACCUUGGAUUCCGUACCAGUAUUACAGUGCGAGUUGUCGAGACACCUAUGGGUUACCUGAUACAACUAGAACUAUCCGAGGUGAAGAGACCAGAGCGCUUUGUAAAUCAGAAUACUCCGAUAUCUCUCCUUUAACUGGGGGUAAUGCAGCAUUCUCGACACUAGAGGGCAGACCAUCCGCUUACAACUUCGAUGCGAGUCCUGAAUUACAGGAAUGGGUAACUGCAACAGACAUCCGAAUCACCCUUGAUCGGUUAAACACCUUCGGUGAAGAAGUUUUUGGUGACGAACAAGUGUUACGUUCGUACUUCUACGCCAUAGCUGAUGUAGCUGUUGGUGCAAGAUGCAAGUGCAACGGUCACGCUUCUGAGUGCAUCUCAUCCACUGGACUGGACGGUAAGAGGAGAAGAGUAUGCAAGUGUGAGCACAACACUGCUGGUCCAGAUUGUAAUGAGUGUUUGCCUUUCUACCAUGAUGCUCCUUGGAGGAGAGCAACUGCCAAGAAUGCCUAUGAAUGUAAACAAUGUAACUGCAACGGAUACUCCAACCGAUGUUACUUCGACCAAGAGCUCUACGACCAAACGGGGCAUGGAGGUCACUGCUUGGACUGCACAGCCAACAGAGAUGGUCCCAACUGCGAGAAAUGCAAGGUGAACUUCUACAUGAGAGACGAUGGCUACUGCGUAUCAUGUGACUGUGAUCCAGUUGGCUCUAAACUCCUCCAGUGCAACUCCCAAGGAAAGUGUCAGUGCAAGCCUGGAGUCACCGGUGACAAGUGUGACAGAUGCGAGGCCAACCACUACGAUUUCGGCCAUCACGGUUGCAAGAACUGCGGAUGUUCCGAAAUCGGAUCCAUCAACAACGUCCCAAGCUGCGAUUCCUACACCGGUACCUGCCACUGUAAGGAGAAUGUUGAGGGUAAGCGUUGUAGAGAGUGUAAACCCGGCUUCUUCAAUCUGGACAAGGAGAACACCUUCGGUUGCACACCGUGCUUCUGCUACGGCCACUCUUCGCAAUGUAUCUCUGCAAGCGGUUAUUUCAAACACAAGAUUACAAGUAGAUUCGAUAAGAGCUCCGAUAGAUGGAGAGUUGUGGACAACAGUGGUAGACCUAUGGAUCUGCACUACGAUCCUUUAUCGCAGAGUAUCAGUUUUAGAUCUUUGGACAAUGAGAUUGUCUACUUCUUAGCUCCUGAUAGGUAUCUGGGAGAUCAGCGAGCUUCGUACAAUCAAGUAUUGCAGUUCACUCUAAGAAUUGGAAAGAAUAUGGCGCUACCAUCUGCGGCUGAUGUUAUUAUUGAAGGUGCUGGGGAGAGGAUUGCCCUGACUAUAUUUGCUCAACAUCACACUACUCCCACGAUAGAGCCACAACUAUACCGAUUCAGACUACACGAGCACCCAGAUUACGGAUGGGAACCAAGAUUAUCGGCAAGGGCCUUCAUGUCCAUUCUAACGAACAUUACUGCCUUGAAGAUCAAAGCUUCUUACUCAUCUCAAGACGUCACUUUCCUAGAUGAUAUCGCUUUAGAAACUGCAUCUCGUGGUAUUGCCAGUUCACAACCUGCAUACUGGGUGGAGCAAUGCAAAUGUCCUGAUGGGUACGUUGGACAGUUUUGCGAAUCCUGUGCAACCGGCUUCAAACAUUCCAAGUCGUUGUCAGGUCCUUUCAUACCUUGCGUGCCAUGCGACUGUAAUAAGCACACUGAUGAAUGUGACUCCGAUACAGGAAAAUGUCGAUGCCAGCAUAACACAGCUGGAGAUAACUGCGAGGUUUGUGCAAGAGGCUUUUAUGGAAACGCUUUGGGAGGAACCAAAGACGACUGCCAACCUUGCGGGUGUCCUCAAGGAGGUCCUUGUAUCCAGAUCGACGAUGAAAUAAUUCUUUGUACUGAGUGUCCGGAAGGAUACAGCGGACACAGGUGCGACUCCUGUUCUGACGGAUACUUCGGCGACCCUCAGGGUAAAUUUGGACCGAAGAAGAACUGCACCCUCUGCGAUUGUAACCAGAAUAUCGAUGCCAACGCCAUCGGCAAUUGUGACACCACUAAUGGGGAGUGUCUGAAGUGCAUUUACAACACUGGUGGACCAAAGUGCGAUCAGUGUUUGGAAGGUUUCUGGGGCAACCCUCUCGCUUCUCCCAGAGGAAACUGCCAACAGUGCGAAUGCUAUCCCCCUGGUACCGAGCUCAACCCAUCAGGUCUACCAAUUUGCAACCAAGUAUCAGGUGCUUGUCACUGUAAGCCCCACGUAGGCGGAAAGAAUUGUGACGUAUGUGAGGAUGGCUACUACAACUUACAAAGUGGUCAAGGUUGCCAGACUUGCAACUGCGAUCCCAUCGGUUCCUACAACCAAACUUGCGAUAUCUACUCGGGACAAUGUUUCUGUCGACCAGGGGUUACUGGAUUACGAUGCGAUCACUGUGAGCCAAGAAAGUAUGGUUUCUCCCUGGACGGAUGUAAAGAAUGCGAAUGCGACUCCAUAGGUUCCAAGGAUUUACAGUGCGACGCAUCAGGACAAUGCCCGUGCUUGGACAACGUUGAGGGUAGAAGAUGUGACCGCUGCAAAGAGAACAAAUUCGACAGGCAGAGAGGUUGCGUCGACUGUCCCGAUUGCUACAACCUUGUGCAAAAUGCAGCCAGAGCACAUAACGAUAAACUCGACAAGCUCAGGGACGAACUGGAAGAAAUCGAGAACAGGCCUACGGUUAUAAAUGAUGAAGAGUUUCCGGAAGAACUCAAGAACCUUCAAGAGAGCAUCAAUGAAUUUCACUCGAAGGUGGUAGAAGCAACUGGCGAAAACAGCAUCAUCAAACAAGUCCAAGAUAUAAGGAAUAGGGAGAAGGAUAUCACAAGAACCUUGUCUGAAAUAGAGGAAGAUGUAGAACUGGCUAUAGACAAAUCGAACCUUGCUUCGCAAAACAUUUCAAACAGCGAGGAUGAUCUAGAAACAGCCGAAAUCAAGCUGAACGAUCUCAGUUACGCCUUCGAAACAGAAGCUAAGGUAGCGCUUGAAAAUGCGGUCAAUAGAGCCAAAAUUGUAGGACAGCAAUCUGAGAAGAUGACGACAAUAGCUCAGGAAGCCAGAGAACUCGCUGAUAAACUUGAACAACAAUCUCAGGAACUUAUCAAGAAAGCUAACGAGGCUAAAAAUAAAUCAGAAGAUGCUUAUGUUCUAGCUGAAAAAGCCUACAACAUGCAAGAAAAUGUGGUUCCCAGUAAGAUCAAAGAUUUGAAAAAUGAGCUGUCCAAAAUUGAAGCCAACCUGAACAAAACUAAACAGCUCAGCGAAACUGCCAGUGUAAAGGCUAGGGAAGCCAAAAAUGAAGCUCUAUCGUUGUUGAGCCAAGUGAACAACUUGGUUGUACCGGAUAUAGACGUUUCGAAAGAAAAACAGAAGACGGAACAGAUCAAACUAGAAGCAGAUCGUAUAAUGACUGAAGUCCAGCAAAUCACCAAGGAUAACGAAGAAAUUUUGAUGGACAUACACGAACAAUUGUACAGUGGAGAGGAAAUGUUGCAAAAAGCAGAAGAUCAACAGUUUGUACUCGGCCAACAAUUGAAUGACAUCGAUCUUUAUGAUAUCCAAACAACGAAAACAGUUGAAGAAGCUGAUAAGCUGUUGAAUUCGACAAUGGAAACGUACCAGAUUUUAAGCGAUUUCGAUAAGCAAGCUCAAGAGAAAAAGCAAGAGGCCCUAGAAGCUCUGAGUAGAGUUCCUGAAAUUCAAAAGCUAAUCGAUGACGCAUUCAGAAAGUAUGAUGAAGGCCAUAAAACCCUCGAAGAUGCCAAGUUGUACUCGAACAAUGCACUCAAGAAGGCCGUCCAAGCUCUAGAUCUUGCUCAAAACGCUUCAACUGAUGCCGAAAAGAUCAAGAACGAAGCCAUUCUGUUGAAUCAGAACACCACAGAACUGAACGACGAAGCCAUUUACAUGGGUGAAAGGCUGCAGAGGACCGAAUCCGAAUUCAAGCAUAUUUUCGAACAAAACCAGGUCAACGACUCUCUGAUUGCUAUAGCUAAAGAAAAGGUUGGAAUAGCUGGCAAGGAAACCCAUGAGGCAGGAGCGAAGGUCAGCGAUUUACUAAAAAAUGUACAAGCAAUAAUCGACGAGUUGGAGAACCUCCCAGAUAUUGAUGAAGAAGCUCUGGACCGACUUCAGUUGAAAUAUAAGCAAGCUGAAAACCGCGUCAAAGAAGCAAAGUUGGAUGAGAAACUUGCUGAGUUGCAGAAGCAGCAGGACGCUCAUAAUAUCAUGAUGGCCGAUUACGAAAGAGAAAUACAGAGGCUACAAAAAGAUGUGGAUAACAUUGAACAGAUAGCUAGAGCUUUGCCAGAAGGUUGUUUCAACAGGGUGGAGCUUGAACCUUGAUUCGAAAUAUCGUUUUCUUAAAUAACGAUAAGGUUUUUAAGAUAAUAUCCAGUUUCUAUCAGCUAUUGAAAUGAAUAUUUGAAUUUUUGACCACAAAAAUAUAUAUACCAAAGAAUGGUUGGAUCCUGCUGUUUGUUUUUACAUUUUUUCGAGGCCAUAUUUUCUCAUAUUCCAUUUAUUAGGCUAAGCUGAAAUUAUACUUAGGUUUGAUUAAAUUUUCUCUACAA